AUGGGUUUGAGUAAUAUCAUCUCUUUUUGCCCUGCUCCGAAUUUCAGGAACAUGUUUCAGGUCGGACCAAAUGGUGUUGUGCUCGAAUGCCAACAUACCAUAAAGUCUCAUGGGAGAGAGCUCGUGAGGAAUCACAAACAUGAUUGGCUUAUACUCAUACUGCUCGUGAUAAUAGAGAUUGUUCUGUAUAUAAUUCACCCGUUUUACCGUUUUGUUGGGCGAGACAUGAUGGAAGAUCUUAGGUAUCCUAUGAAAGAAAACACGGUACCUGUGUGGGCUGUCCCUCUGUACGCAGUUUUGCUGCCGAUUCUCAUUUUCGUUCUCUAUUAUAUUCGGAGACGAGAUGUCUAUGACCUGCACCAUAGUAUACUAGGCCUCCUAUUUUCGGUGCUUAUAACGGCAGUUCUCACAGAUUCCAUUAAAAAUGGAGUUGGCCGGCCCCGCCCUGACUUUUUCUGGCGUUGUUUUCCUGAUGGACGAGAUGAGUACGAUCAUUGGGGCAAUGUUGUGUGCCAUGGUAAAGAGAGUGACAUAAAAGAAGGACACAAGAGCUUUCCCAGUGGACACACUUCAUGGUCCUUUGCGGGUCUUGGGUUUCUAGCAUUAUACUUAUCGGGAAAAAUAAAAUGCUUUGACCGGCGUGGACACGUGGCGAAACUUUGCAUAAUUUUUCUUCCAAUUCUUGCUGCUUGUCUUGUUGGUGUUUCCCGUGUGGACGAUUACUGGCAUCACUGGCAAGACGUGUUUGCUGGCGGACUCCUUGGCCUUGUCGUGGCUACAUUUUGUUACCUCCAGUUUUUCGCACCUCCCUACCACACUGAAGGAUGGGGUCCUUAUGCAUACUUCCGAGCAGCAGAAGAAUCUCGUUCCAAUUCACGGGCGGCGGCUCAGCCAUGGGAGUGUGGUACCAACACUAUGCAAGAGGCCGACAGGCAGCAAUCUGCAGCCCACACGAGCAACAAUCUCAACUCGACUUUUCAUGACAUAGAGUCGGGACGAAAGUAG